UGGUGGAUCACACGUGCACAACAGUUGUUUUGCGGUUGUUAACUACAGUUUUACUAUUUACUAACAGAAAACAGUAAAAUGUCUGAGGUUGCCAGCCGCAAUGACAAGCCCACAGAGCCGCAUAAGUCAUGGAAGAAAAUCAAUGAGGAGCGGAAGGCACUUAAACGCCAACGUAAGCAGGACAAGGCGCUGAAGGAGCUGCAAAAGGCACAGGAGACGGAGGCUGACAAGGAGGCCGCCAAAGCGAAGAGUCUAGAAAAGUCCAAACCUAAUCCUUCCACAGUGAGCAUAGCGGUGCCUGGUUCUAUACUGGAGAACGCACAGUCAGCCGAACUGAGAGCUUAUGUUGCCGGUCAAAUUGCGAGGGCCGCCUGCAUAUUCCGUGUCAACGAGGUGAUUGUUUUUGAUGACGUGGGCGUGGCCACGGCACGUGAGACAAAGCGUAGCUAUGAGCAGGACACGGAAGGAAGUGGCACAGGCACAGUGCGCAGCAGUUCGUUACAGCUGGCGCGUAUACUGCAAUAUCUAGAAUGUCCGCAGUAUUUGCGAAAAUAUUUCUUCCCACUGCACAAAGAUCUGAAAUACUCGGGACUGCUGAAUCCACUGGAUACACCACAUCAUUUGCGACAGCAGAGCAAAUUUCGCUAUCGCGAGGGCGUGGUCUGUGACAAGCAGGCAAAGGAAGGACAGAGCUAUGCUAAUGUCGGACUUCUGAACGAUGUGCUUAUCGACAAGGCCAUACAACCAGGCGUCAGAGUCACUGUCAAAAUGGAGCCAACUAGUGAAGGAAGUCGAAAACAACGUGCCAGCCUGGUUAGUCCAGAUGAGCCGCGCCGCGAAACUGGCGUCUAUUGGGGCUAUCAAGUGCGCAUUGCUCAUUCGCUAUCGGAAAUCUUUACCAAAUCAUCUUAUGCUGGCGGCUAUGAUCUUACUGUGGGCACCUCGGACCGCGGCGCCAAUGUGCAGCAAGUUCCCAGCAAAUCUUUGUCAUAUAACCAUCUACUCAUCGUAUUUGGUGGACUGCAAGGUCUGGAGGAAGCGCUAGCUAAUGACGAUAAGCUCACUGUGGAUGAUCCUGAAUUGCUAUUCGAUCAUUAUGUAAAUGUGUUGCCCAAGCAAGGCUCUCGAACCAUACGCACCGAGGAGGCGCUUUUGAUAGCCAUGGCAGCGUUACAGGACAAGCUGCAGCCACAAGCCGAUGAUGUGGAGACGGAUCUAAGCGAUCUACUGCCGCGUAGCGAGGAUACGGGUGUUACCAUGACGCGGGAUGUGUUGGUAAGCAAAAAGAAAAAGCGCAAAGCUGAGGACAAAACUGAGGCACCAGAUGAGCCCCCAGUCAAGCCAGCAAAAGUUUCACUGCCCACAAAUCCAUUCUGCGAGCGUGUUGCUGAAAAAGAGGCAACAAUGGAGCAGGAAGAAUUUGAAGUGGUGUCCGCUGCAGCGCCCACAGCAACAAGUGCGACGUCGAAUGCUGAAGAUCUUAGUCGCUUUGAUUAAUAAAUAUAUAAGGGAAAAAUUUAUAUUGUUUCAUAUAUUGUUUUUCUUUUACAAUAUUCGUUAACUAAGUAUUGUUGUACUGCAGGACAUCUCUGCUAGCUAGAGGCUCAAGUCGAAUGUUUUAUUAAGAUAUUUUUGUUCAAUACUUUUUCUCUAUUAACGUGUCACUUAUAGUAGUAGCUAUACU